GCCAGGGCUAACAGAAUCGGGAAGGAGACAGAGGGAAUCAAAGCCUCCCCGUCCUGUCGUCCCAAUUUAGCGCUGAACUCCGCCUGGAUGUCAGAGCCUUUCUCUGCCUGCCUUCCCCGUGUUCUGUACGGCGGGCCAGUCGCUCGCACUGCGGAGGCCAGCCAGCUGAGCGGGGCAGGGGUCUAGGGUGGACCAGCGGGCUCUGCCCUUUGGGGUGACUUUCCAACAUAAUCACUGUUGUGUUUUGACAGUACAGUAGCGCCCGCGGCGGUGCUGAGAGAGGAGGGAGCCUUGGUUGCUCUUGGCUUCUUUUGCUUCUGCUGAUCUGGAUCGUUUCCUCGGGCCCCUCCCCUCGGUCUGUGCUUUCUCACUCCCGCCUUUGGCGAAGUGACACAGGCGACACCUGCUAGCUUGCUCGCUCGCGCCUGGUGCUGCUGGAACUCGCACCUCCGCGGGUGGUGAAGGAGCGGGCACACUCGUGACUGGGGGACAGCGGAGGGUUCCCUUCCUUGGAGCACAGGAUGCCCAGGGUGGCGGCGGGUGGGCGCGGUGCAGCUCGACCCGCUGCGCUUGAAGGCGGGCGCGAGGGGCCGCGGCCGGCCGGGAGUUGCUGCUAAGUGGGCUGGAGUGGACGGCGCGCUGGUGUCGGGGCGGGCGCCGGCGGGCCCCGCGCCUGCGAGCUGCGGGAGCGCGGACGCGUCCCGGGGGGCCGCUCUGAGCGCCGAGCCCGCCAGCCUGCCCGCAAGCGGUCUGCCGCGGAGAGCCGCGGACCUCGGCGAGCGCACGGAGGAGGCUGCUCUGCUGAAGGUGAAUCAUCGCCUCCAAUUGCCUUUCCCUAGAGAAGCCGGGGGAGGGCGGGAGAGGGGACGUGCGAGCGCGCGCGCGCCAGUGUGUGUGUGCAAGGGAGAGACGACGCGGGGCGAGAGGAAAAGUCUGCGCUCGCCGCCAAAAGCAAACAAACCGGAGAUGGACUAGCAGCCGCGGGGGCCGGAGCCCGCCUGGAUCCUCGCAGCCGCGGGAGCGGGGCGCACCGCGCGCAUCGCCCGGGACAGCGGGCGCCCGCGGGCGCCGCCGGGGGCUGCGGAGACUCCGGCUCGCCCCUUCGGUCUUCAGACCUUUCGGUUACUUUGACACGGUGGGGUAACGGGCGGCGAGCGGGGACCGGCCUCGCGCGCGCCGCACCUCCCGCUCGCUCCGGGGAGGGGACCCCAGCUCGCCCGCGGAGGACCCCCCGAGCCGCCUGCAACCUUCGGAGGAGCCGGCGUUCUCACGCUCACUCAGGGCCACCCUCGCUCGCCCGCGGGCGCACACCGGCGGACUUGGGGUCCCUAUGCCCCUGGAUGGUGCCAGCGGACCGGCAUCUCGGAAGCGAUGCGUGAGCGGUAAGGCUGGCGUCGGCCCGCGGAAGCUACAGGACCAUCGCUAGGUGCUGCCGCCACCGGGACGCCCGGCUGCAGGAUGAGUAAGAGAUACUUACAGAAAGCAACGAAAGGAAAGCUGUUGAUAAUAAUUUUUAUAGUGACCUUGUGGGGGAAAGCUGUUUCCAGCGCCAACCAUCAUAAAGCUCAUCAUGUUAGAACGGGGACUUGCGAGGUGGUGGCGCUGCACAGGUGCUGUAAUAAGAACAAGAUAGAAGAACGCUCCCAAACGGUCAAGUGCUCCUGCUUCCCCGGGCAGGUGGCCGGCACCACGCGCGCUGCUCCGUCUUGUGUGGAUGCAUCCAUAGUGGAACAAAAAUGGUGGUGCCAUAUGCAGCCCUGUCUGGAGGGAGAGGAAUGUAAAGUCCUUCCAGAUCGGAAAGGAUGGAGCUGUUCAUCUGGAAAUAAAGUGAAAACAACAAGGGUAACCCAUUAACCACUCCUAAAUCAAGUAAUCUUCAAGGCUGGGUUCAUGGUGACACAUGGAUAGAAACUUGACUUCUGAGGUGAUCUUGAAGAUUUUUAUACCUCUUAGAAGACACACUUUGAAGCCUGUUUCAAGGGAUUCCAUGGCUUGCCAUCUACUUCUUACUGGAAACUAAGACUUUAAAAAGGUCUGAAGUGCGUGUCCUGAAGACUUCCUCAGCAGUGAACUUUGUUUGGCUCAUUACGCCUUUGAGGGAAACAGACACUGCUCUCCACAGAGCUGGUAGAGUUGGUUUUCUGGGGCAACGCCAGAGACUCUCACCUGCAGGGUUCCUGGCUUCAGCGGUGACAACUGUUCUUGUUUUUGAAGCUGUCUCCCAAGUGCACUGUCCUCUUACGGAUGUGUCCUGGGUCCUUUGUUCCUUGUCUAGUAGGACUGUGCACUCACUGCUUUGAUGACGUUUUCUUUGCAAACUCCUCUGGCAUGGCAUAAACUGAGACAAUUUUAUUGGUAUACUAACUUUGAAACUCCAAAAGCCUACAUGUUUUAAAGGCUUACACUUGCCUCUGUGAUAGGAAUGGAAGUAUUUAUCCAUUGAUCAUGAUAAUCAUUGGCAAGUCACAGUGAUCUGAGUACAUCAAUCAUAUAAGAAUGUAUAGACAAGCUGACAUGGUUCCCCACGGCUAACACGUGACUGCAGCGCUGUUUGUGGAACGUCAGACAGUCCUUAGGAUUGGAUUCCCAUUACAGUCACGCAGUACUCUGUACGCUUAGCACACUUUUCCUUCCAGUUUUUCUUAAGUGUGCUUUCUUUUUUACAUUUUCUGUUACUUUCCUUCAAGAACUUGUCAUUGUGCAGUGACAUUGGUAGGUAGCCUUUAAUUUAAAAAAAAAAAUCACCAGGGAUGCAUGUGCUUUUCUUAUUUUUCAUCACUUAUUUUUCUUCUAGUAUUUUCUUAAACUACCCUUUCGGUCUCAUUUUCAUGUUGUCUCUUUGCUCGAUUCCAAUGACUGCUUGAAUGCUUAUAUAUUUGUUCAGUCUGUGGAUAGAAAAAAUUGUUCAUUUUCUUUGACCUCAAAGAAAAUACUUGCUUAUAGUUGUUACGUUCAAACAAAAUUUUUGGCCAGAUAUUUUGUCCAUGUUUUCACAACCAUCUUAAAACUUCUGAUUUUUAGUUCUUAGGAAUGUCUUACAAAUAUUUAAACGCCUUAAACACUGAUUUAUUUUUUUCUAAGUUAUUACAGAAUGUAUUAUUUUAUACUGUAUUUAUUUUGUUUCACUUGUGAUACAGAAGAGAAUACUGCGUACUAAGUUUCCACCCUACAAUAAUACCAUGUAAACCAAUAGUUGAAUGGAAUGUAAAGGCAAGGAUUUUUCCAUCUCUUCAUUAUUGUAGCUUGAUCAAACGUUGCUUCACAGAUCAUCCUGUUAGGUGGUCCAUCAUUUCGGUAGAAGAGUGAAGUUAUUUUGGACUUCUUGUACUUCUAAAACUCACUGACAAAGCUAGUUAACCGUUUGUUGGUUUCUGCGACGGAGGCACACAUGUUCUAGUUAAUUUGCAUCUGUUACUCUAAGAAUAUUCAGAGAUUUGCAAAUUAACCAGACUAGGGAGAACAACUAAAGUUGCAAAAAUCUGUUAACAUCUAAAUUAGAAAAUUAUACUUUUAAUACCGAGCAAAAGACAUUUUGUGACAGUAUGAAUAUGUGGAAUGAAAUGAUUCCUGCCUCACUUUUAAGUGCAUAAAACCAAUUAGGUGUUUCCAAGUAGGUCUGAUAAUGGGUCAAGUCUACACCGAGUCAAAUUGAAAGGAAUAACUGUUGUGUUGGACUUUCUAUGUCAAACAAAAUGUCAUUAAUUUUUGGAACAAAAUGAAAAACUAUACCAUUUUGGACAUUAUGAAUUUAUCCUAGGUUUGUUUGACAUUAUGGAUCAUGCUUCUCAUUUUGAAAGCUAUGUCAUUUAAAACAACACUGGAAAUUCUGUAUUAUAUAAAAGUGUAAUACAUGUGUAUCAAUAGAAAGAAAUAAAUGGAAUUUCAAAUAUA